CUCCCCGCCUGCCCCCACAGGUCUUAGAAGCCUGCCUCCUACAAAUGAGCAAUACAGCAAGUGAUCAAGAGCUCUGACCUGAGAGUCAGACAGACGAGGUUUUGAGUCCCAGCUCAGAAAAAUGGACAUCAUAAAAGUGCCCAUUUCAAAGGGUUGUGUGAGGGCACAGGCAAGUAGAAGGAGCCCCAAGAACCCCUGUGGAUCAGCCGCUCUGAUGGACACCGUGCUUCCCAUGGAUGUUUCCCUCUGUUGCAUUCAAAUCCGAAAACAAUGGGCCUGCUGUUCUGGGAGGGGCCGAGGCUGGUCCCUCAGAGCCCAGCGGCCUGAGCCCACUGGAAGGGCAGACACCUCCUUGGCUGGACGUCUGGACCAUGGAUCCGGAUCUGAGUGAUGAGGACAGUGUGGUGGACCUCAGCUUCCAGGCCGAGAGUCCUCUGGCGCCCCCAGCUGAACUCCUGGAGAGGCUGCCCAGCUGUGACUGGCUUCUUCAAGGGGGCGGACAGCAGAUAUUCUUCCCACCUUCAGAGGCCCCGGGGAGACCCCAGGAACCAAGGUGCUGGUCCUCGUUCCUGGAGCACAGCAGAGUCCCCGUGGUGACGGAGGAGGUGGCGCGUGAAGCCCUUCUCAGCUUCGUCAACUCCAAAUGCUGCUACGGCAGCGCGGCCGCCGGCGACCUCAUCAUCCAGGAGCUGAAGCCGCAGACCCUCUGCCGGUACCGGCUGGAGACCUUCAGCGAGUCCAGGAUAAGCGAAUGGACGUUCCAACCCUUUACGAGUCACUCAGUAGAUGGGCCACAUAGAGGCACCUCCCCCCGGCUUUGGGACAUCAAGGUCCAGGUCCCCCCGAUGUUUCAGGAAGACACCAGGAAGUUCCAGGUCCCUCACUCGUCGCUGGUCAAGCAAUGCCACAAAUGCCAUGGGCGUGGGUGCUACAAGUGCAGCGGCUGCCAUGGGGCCGGCUUGGCAAGGUGCCCCUCCUGCAGCGGUGCCAAGCGCAGGGCCAGGCAGCCCCGGAGGUGCCAGCUGUGCUCAGGCUCCGGCAGGCGCAGGUGCAGCACGUGCUCGGGGCGGGGGAGCAAGACCUGUGCCACCUGCAAGGGGGAGAAGAAACUGCUGCACUUCAUCCAGCUGGUCAUCAUGUGGAAGAACAGCCUGUUUGAGUUUGUGACUGAGCACCAGCUGGACUGCCCCGCGGAGCUCCUUGCCAAAGCCAAAGGGGAAAACCUCUUUAAGGAUGAGAACACGAUGGUGUACCCCAUUGUGGACUUCCCCCUGCGGGAGAUCUCGCUGGCCUCCCAGCGGGGCAUUGCCGAGCACAGCGCAGCCCUGGGCUCCCGGGCCCGUGUCCUGCAGCAGCGCCAGACCAUUGAGCUGAUCCCCCUCACAGAAGUUCAUUACUGGUAUCAAGGAAAGACUUCUGUCUACUAUGUCUAUGGCACCGACCACAAGGUAUAUGUGGUGGACUACCCCGAGCGGUACUGCUGUGGCUGCACCAUCAUCUGACAUGGCACAGCUGUCUCCCGGGCCUGUCACUCAUGUUCGCCAAGGAGGACAACCAAGGUCUCUGAAUUCACUAGUUGUUGACUGCAAUGGACAGUCACAUACUAACCCUGGUAUGUCCUUCCAGAGAACUCAGCUUAUUGUCUGUCAAGCCACAAGUCUUUCCGGAGCCCCUCGGUGGAAUCGUCAUGUGUUUAACCCGAGAAUUCAUCUACGCACGUUCCUUUAGGACAAAUAAUUUAAAUGGCGGGGUUUGCCCCGGUCUCCAAGCUCGUGUCUCAGUGAGUGUGUGGUUUGAUUUUGCUUUUCCCGGGUCGGCCUUGGCACUGGUGUGCCUCUUCUGGUGGGAGUCUUUGGCCAGGCUGAGCAUUAUGGAAAUGUUUAAAGAUACACACAAAUUGGCUGCCCCUUCGUGCACACCAAAUAUUGCCCUUAGGCAUAGCAUACCAAAUUCCGCCACCCCCCCCCCCGGCCCCCCGCGUUCUGUGCGUCAGGACUUCAGACACAGCCACGGGGGGAUGGCUUCUUUUGGCUCCAGGAUGUCUGGGGCCUCACCUGGGAGAUUGGAAGGCUGGGGUGGCUCAAGGGCAGGGGCUGGGAUCAUCUGAAUGCUGGUUCCCCCUGAGAUCUGGCGGUUGACGGUGGUGGUUGGCUGGGACCCCCCCCUGGGGCCAUCCGCUGGAACACCAACACGUGGCUUCCCCAUGCAGCAUGGGCUUCCUCACAACGUGGCAAAGGGUGAGCACCCCUCAGCCACAGCCCAAUUGAAGAAACAGAGAUAUACUCCCUAAAUGGAGAACAAACGUGCUGUGUUGGGUCGACUGAGGGUCUGUGCCGAUCUCUGACGUGGCGCCUUUGCAGGGGUACAUUUCAGAGAGUGAUUUUGGACACGUGCACGUCCUCACAUCACGUGCUGGCCUUAGAACCUGCCCACAGAGUGGGAUGUGACCUGGGUGUCCUAUGCACCCAGUCAUGUGCCGGAGCUCCCACCUGGUGCAGCCAGCCUGGGCGGGUGGAGGGGACACCUUGCAGACUGAAUGCCCAGGUGGCUUCAGAGGGCUGGUGCAGGGCCAGGCAGUCCUCUGUGAACCUGGCUGUGGGUAACCAGAGGCCUUUGUUGUCUUAUGACACCUGUCGCCACCGAUAAGGGGAUUGGCACACCCCGAGAGGGCCAGUCUGUACCCUCCUGAUCCCCAAGCUCCUGCUGGCCUGCAGCCCUUGUCCCCCAUGGGGUGAGAGGGUGUGGACGUAAUAGGCCUGGCUGGGGGGACUCGGGGAGUCUGAGGCCAUCCCCCAGGGCAUCCUUGACAAAUGAUAUGCAAAUGAGCACUUGCAGCCUCACCUGCUGCUACUCCAACCCCAGGGUUCCCCGUAUUCUCUUCGGGUGUUGCUGUUUCCCCGAGUUUGGCUGAGCUGCACACUGCUGGGCCUAGUUGACAGGAGCAGUGGGGUUCAGAGUGGUGUCUGGCGCCCUCGGGACUGCAUGGAAGACAAGGGGGACCCGACUGAGAAGCAGAGGGAAGUGACCUGGGAGGCCCUGAGACGCCUGAGCCCAGCAAAGCUUCCAGGCUCAGAUUUCACCUCCUGCUCCCGCUGCUCCCAGCCAAUGCCAAGGGCUCUGCAUGUGGGGGAGCCUGAGGGCAGGACGAUGUGCAUCCUUUGGUGGGGUGCACUCUGGUCCCUGGGGACAGAGCCUGCUGGUGACAGAGAAAAGAGAGAGGGUUCCCCAAGACUUCCCACCUGCACUUCCUCCUGAAGCUCUGUCGUGCUCAAGUCUGGGAGGCCAACGCCUCUGGCCUUCCAUGUCAAAGGGGAUAGUUCUGGCCCCAAGGGGCUUUGUGUAAAUGGAGGGCGCAGUUUUUGGUUGUUGCAAUGAUUGGAAUCAACACUAUUGGCAUUUGGUGGCUGGAGGCCAGGAAAGCUGAUGUCCAGCAAUGCUUGGGCGCGUCCGACAAUGGAGCGGCCUCCACGGCUCACACGACUGCUGGUGGCCCUGACGUUCAUCUAGAGCUCAGGUCUACAAAGUCGCACCCGCUAGUCCGUCCUGCGGUGCUCAUUUGUUCCUUAGCGUUCACUCUGUUCCUCGCCUUUCCUCCACGUCUCCUUUGAAAUGACUUCUGAUCCUCUCACUUCUCUGAAGUGCAAGCUUGUAACUCUGACGACUUCAUUCCGCCUCCCGGCGCGGUCACGCCUGAGCAGUUGCAAAUUGAAAUACACAAAUUAAGAAAACG